CACAUAUCAAAUCGAAAUAUACCAUCUUACAAAGCUCAAUCAUCAUGAUUCGCGCUACCAUCAUCAAGUCUGCUCGGCCUCUUGCCAACGGCCGUUUGUUCUCUACCAGCCUGAGGACCAUGGCAGAGGGGGACACCGGCGCUGUAAGGCCCGGCGGUUCUGCGCAAAGCGAUGCCUUCAAUAAACGUGAGAAGGCUGCCGAAGACCAAUACAUCCGCCAGGAAGAACUCGAGAAAAUCAAACAGAUCCGUGAGAAGAUCAGUAAAGAGCGGGAACACAUCGACCAGCUGGACAAGACCCUACAGGAUCUCAUGGAAAAGAAGGGGCAGAAAUAGUUUCAACACUGCUAUUCCUAUCUUUCUGCUGUUGCGAAAGCUAACGCAGGGUGUUGGGGUGGAUAGGCAGGAGCUCGAUGAACAGCAUCGUCAGAGUGGACAGGGCGAGCACCAGCUGUGAACCAGCAAUCCGGCCACGACCAUCGUCACUCCCAAUCUUUGUUCGCUGAGCGUUUGCUUCGUCUG